CUGCAAUCUCGAGCUCGGCGCCCCGGCCUCUUCCCGCGCUGCAGCCCCUCUCGCCCUCAACGCCUCAGCAGCAGCGUCACCCAGAACGCUCCUCACGCUGCACCGCACUCGCAGCUGCUCCUCUUGCCUCAGCACCCUGCACUGCUGCGCCACGCCCACACUCUCUCUCGCAUAUCUCCUCGCCUCGCCCUCAUCCUUCACGCUCCCGGGAGGCUCAGGCAGCCUUCGUCGACGGGCGCUGCUGCGUCUGCUCUCUGCCCGCCAAGGCGUCCUCCACUCGUCGCCGUCUCGCCUUCCUUGCUCUGGUCACGGGUGUCUGCGUCGUGCUCGCGCUCUCUCCGUCUCGGUCCGCACCCGUCAUCGCCUCAUCACCACCCCCUCGCUGCGCCGCUGUCGCAGCUCCCGCUCCAGCACCGCUGCCUGCCUGCGAUCCGCGCACCUGCGGCAUCGCUCCAACACCUCUCCCAGCACACGUCUACCUUGCCGCCCAGCAUGUCGACGGCGCUCGAUGCCGCCGCCGACUUUGAUGCCUUCAUCGACAUCGACGGCUCCGGCGCGCCCGACAGCCCGCUGCCGCAGCCGGCCGGCGACACGCCCAAGCUGCUCUCGCGCACGGCCGCCGGCCGGCCGCAGCAUGGGCGCCGUCCGACGCCGCUGAGCAUGAGUGCGCUGCCGGCGCACCUCACCGCCGGCAGCGACGCACACUCGCCGGCCUUCCACGGCAACGGCAUGGCGUCGCCGAUGAACGCGCCCUCGAGCCCAUCGGUCGGCGACAUGUUCACUUUCGCCAGCGCCGCCGGCACGCCCACGACGCACUCCGCCAGCCUGCACAGCCUCUCCUUCGACUUCUUCGACGGCGCCGCACUGCCCGGCAGCGUGCCCUUCGCCGGCGCGCCCGCGCAUCUGUCACGCGAGGGCGCCGCCGACGCACACGCGCGCCAGCCCGCGGGGCCCGUGCAGGAGGUGUACGCCGCGAGCUACGAGCAUGUGCCGUCGCCGCUGGCGUGGAACGUGAGUAACACGGCCGCCACGCCGGAGCAGCACCGCGCCGCCAGUGCCUUCUCGGCGGCUGCGGCCAACCGCGCCGCAGGCCGCGGUGCCGAGGCCGUGCACGCCGGCGCCGAGAACGAGCAGCUCGCCUUUGGUGCGCCGUACGCCUCGCCCAACAAGAUGCUCGACCCCAACGGCUACGGCAUGCCCUUCAUGCCGUUCAGCCAGCACGAUGCAUCCAUGGGCAUGCACGGGGUCGGCCCGUUCCAGCAGCACCACAACUACGCCGCAUUCGCGCACGGGCCGCCGCAGGGCCACGCCGUGCCUGGCGCCGCGCACCCGAGCUUUGCCGGCGGCGACGAGGGCCCGUCGCCGUUCACCGAGGACCGCAGCAGCCCCGGCUCCUCGACGGCGCCCACGAGCACGGAGCGCCACUCGCCGCCGCCGCCGGAGAAGCGCCGCCGCCUGACGGUCUCCGACGCGCCGCCGCCGCAGCAGCCCGUGCACGACGAGGAGAGCACCGCCAAGGCACUCGCUGCAGCCGUCGCAGCUGCUGCUCCGGCACCGCCCGCCAAGAAGGCCGCACGCAAGGCGAGCAAGCGCAAGACCAAGGCGGAGAAGAACGCCGAAGCGGCUGCAGCAAAGGCGGCCGCCGACGAGGCGCCCGCCAAGCGCGACAGCAUUGUCAGCAUCGAGGCCAGCGCUGCGGCAAGUAACGCCGGUGAUGCUGCGUCCGAGGCGGCAAACGGCGACCGCGACGACGUCGAGUCUGUCACGUCCGCGUCGCAGUCGGGCAAGCGCGCUCCGCCGUCGGCCUCGCACGUCACCGAGAACGGCCAGCCGUUCCCGGUGAUCGACACGUCCGCCAAGCACUCUUCGCUCUUCGUGCCGCCCGACACGUCGGGGCUCACGAAGCGCGAGGCGCGGCUCGUCAAGAACCGCGCCGCGGCGUUCCUGUCGCGGCAGCGCAAGCGCGAGCAGUUCGAGGAGCUCGAGUCGCGCUGCCGCGCCAUCUGCCGGCUCGUGUGGCGCAUGUGGGAAGUCGUCGCUGGCCCGGACAUGAGCUGGGACAUGUUUGGCCAGACAAUUCUGCCGCAGCUGCUGCAGGACGAGGCGCCCGAGGUGCGCGAGGCCCUCGAGAUGAUCGUCGCCGGCAAGGGCGCCUCGAUUGCCCCUACGGAGGAGUCCAUCGCGCAGAACUCGUCGUCGGGCGGCACUCAGCGCUCGACGGUCUCGCCGGCAAAACAGACGGUCAAGCGCGAGCGCGACGAGGACUUUGACGACUCGUUCGCCAGCGUCGCCAGCAGCCGAGCCGUGCACAGCUCGCACGGACGCAACAGCAGCCUGAGCAGCAGCAGCGGCAACAGCAGCGCCAGCACUGCCUGCACCUCGGUCAACCAGGACGCUCAGCAGGAGCCGCAACAGCAUCAGCCGCGCGACAAGUCCGAUGCAUCUGCCAAGGCUGCGCAGCAGAGCGCGCCGCCCCACUCGCCCCACGACGAGCGUCCUUUUCGAUCAGGGGCGUCGGCGAGUGAGACUGGCGUCUCGCUGACACUUGGCCCCGAGCCGGAAGGGAAGCAGGAGGGAGGCGCAGAGGGCAGCGGCGCGGCGGUGCUGCCUGCUGAGGGCGCCGGCAGUGCUGUGCAGGCGACUGCGGCGAGCGCCAAGAUGCAGCGCAGCAGCUCUGGCCGCGGUGCGAUGCAGCGCACGGCGAGCGGCCUGCAGAAGCGCAGCGCCGGCGGCAUGGCGCUGAUGGUCAUGCUGUUCGGCUUCGCCUUUCUCGGCCUGCCGGCGGGCGCGAGCUCGGGUGGCCUCGAACGAGCACCCGAGAGCAGCGCCUUCAACAUGGGUCCCGUGCUGGCCCCGUUCGCACAGCAGACGACGAGUCCCGACGGCUUGCUCUGCAGCAUCAGCAGCAAGGACGAUGAGGAAGAAGCGUCGGAGUCAUCUGAACGCCCCGCAGCCUCGUCUGCGAUCGACAUCCUCGCUGCCUCCUCGCACUCUUCUGCCGCUGCGGACGAGAUGAACAUCGACGACCUGCUCGACCUACAUCACACCAAGUCCACGGCCCAGUCCGAGGGCGACGUCGAGGCGACGCUGGUCGACAUGGCAGCUAAGCCGCGUGGCAGCGGGCCAAUCGGCGACUUCCGAGGCAUGAGUCUCGGUGCCCUGGGCGCUCAUCUCGGACGCCAUGGCCUCGACGUGGAGCAAGGCUUCAUGCUGAUGGGCCCAGGUGCACCGGCGGCGGCAGACGCCGAGGCGCCCGAUGCAGGACAACAAGCUCCUGCAGCGUUGCGCCUCACCCUCUACAUGCCGACUGCGCGUGCAACGGAGGAGCAGGCACGCCAGCCUGCUCAGCAUGCAAGCACUCCGACCUCUAGCGCAUCGCCAAAGCUGCCCCUCGAGCUUCAGCGCAGCCUAGCGCGGUCAGCGACCAUCGAUGCGCUGCGCGCGCAAGGAAAGGAUGCACGAAGCAUCCUCGAUGCCGCGACGUCCGAGCAUCGCCCGCAGCCUUCGCCGAGCGCCUCGCAGCCAGCCCGCGAGCUGCCAAGUGCAGCACCAGGCGCGGAGUUCCUGGAGCUCGAGCUCGGCCUCGCCGGCGGAGCGUCUGCCUCGGCCGCACACGUGGCGCAGCUGCUUCUCGCGGGCGCACGCGCCGCCGCACGCAGCAGUGCCUGAUGGCUCGUUGCUUGUGCCCGUCUCUCUUCGCUGCAAACACGAUCCUCUAACGACUCCUAACUUGUUCCUCCCUCUCUCUCUCGACUCUGUCAUCGCCGCCGCCGCCUCCCUGCUAGACCGCCG